AACUCGGUCUCUAGUUUUGACGUACAGUCGACACUUGAGUCUCGAUGUGAGUACACCGUUGGAUAAAUCGAGUUGACGUAACGUAAAUACGUCGAAACUGCGGUGCUUUUUAUUGGUGCAUCUUGUGUUAACAUAAUUCCAGGAGUUGAUUUAAUUUUCAAUGAAAAAUGUCGACCCUGGAUUACCUGGUGGCGAUGCUAGCCCUGGUAGGGAUCUUCUACUACUGGUCGAUCUCUACAUUUUCCUUCUGGAAGGAUCGAGGAGUUCCAGGCCCCAAACCCCUGCCGCUCCUCGGAAAUUUUAAGGACGUGCUGGCCGGCAAGAUCUCCAUCGGUCCCUGGCUCCUGAGUUUCUACACCGAUUACCCGAAAGAGCCAAUGGUAGGGAUUUUCAUUCGUCGUCGACCAAUCCUAGUCCUCAGGGAUCUCGAUCUCAUCAGGGACAUCCUCAUCCGUGACUUUUCCAAGUUCGCCGAUCGCGGUCUCAAGACCUUCGAGAAAGCCGAGCCCCUGUCCCAGCAUCUCCUCAACCUGGAGCACUCGAAAUGGCGCCCCCUGAGGAAUAAACUCUCCCCAGCAUUUACCUCAGGCAAACUCAAGGACAUGUUCUAUCUCCUCCUGAGCUGCGGUAAUCAUCUCCAGGAGUACGUGGAUAAAUUGAUAAGCAAAGGUGAUUCCAUCGAGGUCAGGGAUCUCACUGCGAGAUUUACAACUGAUGUCAUUGGUUCGUGUGCAUUUGGCCUUGAAAUGCACGCGAUGGACGACGAGAACAGUGAGUUCAGGAGGAUGGGAAAGUACGUUUUUAAUUUUGACUGGAAGAAAGUCCUGAAGUUCAGGAUCAGGGAGGGAGCCCCGUGGCUUUACAGCCUCCUCUGGCCAAUAAUGAGAGACAACUACCUCACGGAUUUCUUCAUGAAUACCAUGAAGGCGACUAUCGAGCACCGGAGGAAAAACAAGAUCGUCAGGCAUGAUUUUAUCGAUCAGAUUAUCGAGAUUCAGGAUCAUCCUGAGAAAAUACCAGAGGUCAAGCUGACUGAUACACUCCUGACGUCCCAGUUAUUCGUUUUUUUUCUCGCUGGCUUUGAAACAUCAUCGACGACAAUCAGCAAUGCUCUGUACGAGCUGGCCCAGCAUCAGGACUGUCAGGACAGGCUCAGGGAGGAGAUCAGGGUGGUGAUGGAGAGGGAGGGAAAAUUGACGUACGACGUCGUCAAGAAUAUGAAGUACUUGCAUAUGGUAUUCCAGGAAACUCUGAGGAAAUAUCCACCCGCGAUGAUCCUCGUGAGACGCUCUGUGGCACCUUACACCUUCUCUAAUUCAAAUGUGACUAUUCCUGAGGAUACACUGUUGAUGAUACCGUUGAUGGGGAUUCAUAAGGAUCCGGAGGUCUACGACGACCCAGAGAAAUUCAACCCUGAGAGAUUCUCGGAAGAGGCCUUCAAGUCUCGACAUCCCAUGAGUUUUUUGGCCUUUGGGGAUGGACCACGGAAUUGCAUCGGCGAGCGCUUCGCCAAGCAACAGUCCAAGGUUGGUCUCAUAAAAAUCCUGGAGAAAUUCAAGGUCGAGGUGAACGAUAAGACCGAAAUACCUUACAAGAUCAACCCCAGGGGGUUCCUCCUGGCCCCCCUCAACGGGAUUCACCUGAGAUUUACGAAAAUUUAGUUAUUCAUUCUUACAGACCUCAAUAAAAAUGUUAACAAUGUUCCUGCAA